AUGAUUAUUUAAAAUAAAUUCUAGAAUUCUUAACUGUUUUUGACAUAUUUAAGAGUGACACUCCAAUAAUUACCUAAUAUCAAAGAGGGUGAAACACUAACUGUUCAAGUAUUUGGAGAAAAUGAGUAAUUUAUAGUACGAAAAGUAGUUUAAAAGUAAUAGUCUGAGGUAGAGAAUACAGAUUAGCUAACUUUUAAUCAAGUUGUAACUAAAGAAACAAAUAUCAAAAUCAAAAGUAGCAAUUAAAUCGAUGAUGAUGGUGAAGAGGAAUAGGACGAAUUAGAUUAACUAGAAAAAAUGUUUAACUCAAUGAAGAUUAAUGAUACCAAUCAAGUGAAUGAUAAUAAUUAAGUACAAUUUUCAGGGUUUAAAGAGUAAUUGGAAUUACUGAAGGAAGUGAUUGAACUAAAGCUAUUGAGUGUGGAAAAUAAAGUAAAUAUAAAGGGAAUUCUUAUUCAUGGUCCUUCUGGAAUUGGUAAAACAAUGGCUAUAGAAAACAUUUUGAAAGGCUAUUAAUUACAUAAGAUUAUUCUUACUCCAAAGCAUCUUAUUUAGGCACCUUAAGGCUAAAUAAAGUAAAUGCAGGAUGCUUUUAAACUAUUAAAACUAAAAUAGCCGUCAAUCUUAGUCGUGGAGGAAAUAGAUUAUAUUGCUAGCUCUAAAUCUCAGAAUAAAGACUUAUUUUAUGCAUUUUAAUCAGAGUUAGAUUCUAUUGAUUCAAUCAAUGAUAAAAUUGUUGUCAUAUCAACAACAAAUAAGCUUGAAGAAGUUGAUAAAUCGAUGAGAAGAGGAGGUAGAUUGGAUAUCGAUAUUAGAUUUGAUAUGCCAUCUGCAGAAGAUAGAUAUGACAUCCUGAAAGCACAUUUAUAAGUCCUUGGUGAAAAUGAUAUUACUGAUAGUGAGUUAGAAAUUAUAGGUAGAGCUGCAAGUGGUUUUGUGAGCAGUGAUUUAGCUUAAAUCGUGAGGAACACUCACAUCUAGAGUUUAAAAUUCAAUAAUGGUAAGAUUACAAAAAGGUUGCUUGAACAAGCUAUAAUGGAUGCUAAACCUUUGAGCAUUCAAGAUUUAUUAGUUGAGGUUCCAAAGACUAAAUGGGAUGAAAUUGGUGGUAAUGAAGAUAUCAAGUUUCAAGUUAAACAGUGUGUUGAAUGGCCACUAAAGCAUUAUAAGAAAUUUUAAUUGAUGGGGUUAAAACCUCCUGCUGGUAUUCUUUUAUACGGACCUCCAGGUUGUAGUAAAACAAUGAUUGCUAAAGCUUUGGCUACUGAGAGUGGCUUAAAUUUUAUCGCUGUAAAAGGACCUGAGCUUUUCAGUAAGUAUGUUGGUGACACUGAAAAGGCUAUAAGAGAAAUAUUUAGGAAAGCUAGAUUAUCCUCUCCUUCAAUUAUUUUCUUUGAUGAGAUUGAUGCUAUGGCUACCUAGAGAGGUAAUGAAGAGACAAGUGUCUCUGAUAGAGCAUUAUGCUAGCUUCUCAAUGAAAUGGAUGGAAUAGAAUCUAGAGCUUAAGUAAUAGUAGUUGCAGCAACUAACAGAUUAGAUAUUAUUGACUCGGCCUUGCUUAGACCUGGUAGAUUUGAUAGAUUAAUUCAUGUUCCUCUUCCAAGAUAAGAAGCAAGAGAAUAGAUCAUUAGAAUUAAUGUUUUAAAGAUGCAGAAAGAUGAAGACAUUGACUAUCCAAAAUUAGCAUAAUUAUCAGAAGGGAUGUCUGGAGCAGAGAUUGCUUUAAUUUGUAGAGAAGCUGGACUCAAGGCUCUUACUUAAGAUAUGAACAUUGAAAAAGAGGAUACUUAGCAGAUUAAAGUUACUCAAGAACAUUUGGAAUUGUCCUUGAAUGAGGUAAGAAUGAGAGGAAAAGCUGAUAAGUAACCCACAAUUGGAGGAGUAUUUGAUGGAGUGUCAUUAUUUUAAAAGUGA